ACGUCGCAGGGAGGCGGGCGCCGCGCGGCCGGGGGAAGAACCGGGCCCAGGCCGAGCGGAGCUCCGGCAGCGGCAGCGGCGGCGGCCUCCCUCUCUCCUCCCCUCUCCCUCCCCAGCCGCGGUUGCUCCGAGGGAGCGAGCGCGCACGCAGCCAGGCAGCCAGGCUCCGCCAGCAACAAGUGCGGAGGCAGGCGAGGGAGGGCGAAGGCUGACGUCAGCGAGCGGAGUAUUAUGGUCUGGGCUGGGCUGGCCGCCGCUGCUGCCGCCGCCGCCGCUUUCCUGCUGCCCGCGGCCGAGUAAACAUGGAGCUCUCCGCCGUCGGCGAGAGGGUGUUUGCGGCCGAGGCCUUGCUCAAGAGACGCAUCCGCAAAGGUCGUAUGGAAUAUCUUGUCAAAUGGAAGGGCUGGUCUCAGAAAUAUAGCACCUGGGAACCUGAGGAAAAUAUUCUAGAUGCGCGUCUGCUUGCAGCUUUUGAGGAAAGGGAAAGAGAAAUGGAACUUUAUGGUCCUAAGAAACGAGGCCCCAAACCCAAAACAUUUUUGCUAAAGGCCCAGGCAAAAGCCAAAGCUAAGACCUAUGAAUUCCGUAGCGACUCUGCUAGGGGAAUCCGGGUGCCAUACCCAGGAAGGCCCCCCCAGGAGAUGGGCUCUACUUCCCGUGCUAGGGAAGGACUGAGGCAAAUCCCAUUGCCCCCUCAAAGCACCUCUGCCACUGCUACCACCAACACCUCCCGAGCAGAGACCAUCCAGGAAAACAGGAUUGUGGCAGAGGAAGACCGGUCUGAAGCAGCCUUUAAAAAGCGAGGCCCCAAGCCCAGGAAAGAGCUCUACAAAGACCUGCCUGAAACAGCUGACGUUGCCUGCAAGCGGAAAUCAGUGGAACCAGGGGACAAGGCAGUGGUCGAUUACCUAAAGGCCAGGAAACUGGAAGAAGCAGCUAACCCGGGCGCAGCCAAAUUCAGUUCCGGACACAGUGUGAUCCAGUUAGCUCGGAGACGGGAGCCUGAGUUACCCAGUGCUGUCUCCAGCCCCAGAGCAGAAGCUGGUGUUAAGCUUUGUGCACCUGAGGCCUAUCCCCCCAGGCUAACAAAGCACAGGGCAGAUUUCCUGGAUCCGAAAGGGCAAAGUAGUUUGGACUUGGGCGCCCCUAAGAUCUUGCACAGCUCUGCGAGCCAAGGCGGCUUAUACCGAGAUGGUAUAGGGACCCAGGCUGGCAGGCCUUCUCUCAUUGCCCGCAUCCCUGUCUCCAGGAUCCUUGGUGACCCAGAAGAGGAAGCUUGGAGCCCAUCUCUCAACAACUUGGAGAAAGUGGUCGUGACUGAUGUGACCUCUAAUUUCUUGACAGUUACCAUUAAGGAGAGCAACACAGACCAAGGGUUCUUCAAGGAAAAGCGAUGAAUCCCCUUUAAGAAGAGGAGGCAUCUAAAGGGUUUGGGGUAGAGGUUGUUGUCUGGUUCUAGAUUUUUGGUUUAUUGGACAGGAUCGGGGGAGGGGGAACACCUGUCCUUAACUCAUUCAUUUAGUCCCUCACCACCAAUUUCAAUUUUGGUUGGAAAAAUUAUCUCUAGAGUUAUAUUUUCUAUUAGAUGUAAAUAUGUUAUUUAAAGAAAAAUACAUAUAUAUAUCUAUAUACAUAUAUAUUUCAACUCUAAGUUGUUGGUUUUUUAUUUAAGGCUCUUGGAGAAGGACAGUAAAAAAACAGAACUGAUGUAUGUCUUACUUCAGUUGCAAGAGCAGGUGUAGAUAGUGAAUGACCUUAUUAGCUAAUUAUAACAUAUUGAUUUCAUUUUUUCUGGUUUGUUUGUUUUCCUUUUUUACCCUGUCCCUCCCCCCAAAGAAGAUGAGGGCAAAUAGGGGAUAUUAUAUUCACCUGGGGGGACGAAAAAAGGUCUCCAGUUUCUUGAUUGUUAUAUUAUAAGGUGUUGCUUUGUACAAUCAAGUGUGCUGUAUACACAACUGUUCUCGCUGGGCAGCUGAAGUGAGCACUUGACUUUACAGUAUUGUCGUUCAUAUGUUUUGCUCCAGUUUUUUUUAAGUUGUUGCUAUAAAAUGUGUCAAUUAAAAAACAAAACAAAAAACCGAAAGAUGUUUUAGCAAAGAAGUAUUAACUUGAAUGACCUUUUCUUGCAAGGGAAAAGGGGCUUUGUAUGUUUCAAGAUUCGGAAAAAGUGUAGCUGCUGUCAUGCACUUUAAAAUGACUUGAGGGGAGAAAGGGGGGGGGGAGAAGUAACUGAGCUCAUAGUUUAGCUUAACUUGUUCUGGUUUUUCUUUCUUUCGUCCUUCCCUAGUCACUCCAAAAAAAGAGGAAAAUCUGUUUACAUUCCUUACAUGCCAGAAAAGUUGGGGAGGAAAGUAUCUCACUGUUCAUAUUUUAGGCGAUUCUGCUGUUACAUUGAAAGUAAACCUUCUCUCCCUCCCUCCCUCCCUCCCUCUCUCUCUCUCUCUCUCUCUCUCUCUCUCUCUCUCUCCCAUCCCCACAGUUCUUCCCUGGUUGUUGGAUGGGUCUUUAAAAAGGUGUGUUAGGGAAGAUCUUUAUCUUCCUUAGAAAUGUUAAGCCUCCAUUAUAGAUGCUGAGAAAGCAGCUCCUCUUUAAAAGACACUUAAUUAGGGGCACAAGAUCAGUCACAAAGCAAGAUGCCUGUUUAUAUGUGGCUUUCUUUCUCUUGUACCUUCUGGGAAGAAGUAUAUCCUGUCCCCCCGCCCCGCCCCCCCCCCAGUCCCACAUGAGAUUCUUCUUCUUUCUGUGGUCAACAGUCAAGUAGUUCUUUUCACCUGCCAGUUUUAUGCUGAACAUAGACCCCUUUUUCCUGCUCCCUUGCAUAAAGCACUCUUGGCAUUUGAAGAUUUGUAAAAUGCCUUGGUAUAUUCAGCUCCCUCCAGUAUUUAUUUUUUUUACGGGAAUGCAAAUUUGUUUCCUAACCCUGUGUUAGACCCCCCACCCCCCCACACACAUUAAGAGGGUGUGUGUGCAGAAUGGGAGGCUGGCUUUGCUCUCGUUUUUUGUGUUUAGCAGGUGUUUUGGUGUCCCAAUAGAUAUUGAUUUAAGCAUCUCUUCUUGGUUCAAAAAGCACAAAUCUGUCUAGCAGUCUCCAAGGGCCUGGCAGGGGGGUGAGUAGCCUUCUCUGUCUUUUCUCUGAAUGGCCUACUUGCUAGAACCUUUUAAAACAUGCUCUAAUUUGGGGACUGCGCUGGGGAUGAAAGCACAUGUGGCAUAAUGAGACAUGGGGAGGACGAAGCUUGGGUGUAAGAAGGAAGCACAAGGAGGGCUGUUUCCUUCCCUGGGAUAAACUAGAAACGUCUUGCUUCUUCACCCACCUUCUUGCUUCUGUUCAUUAUUUUGGAGGUUUCUUCCAACGAAACAAAUGUGGGGGUUUUCAUUGGGGCUGUACUUAGGGAAGUAAGUUCAGGUUCUUGUUUUCUGUUCCCUCCUUUCUAAAAUAAAGCCAAUGUUGCAAACUCCAGGCAGUUAAAAAAAAUUCAUGAAACAAACUGCAGAUACGUUCAGUUCUCCUACAUGGGGUGGGUGGGGAAUAUGUAUGUCAGCUUUUUGUAUGUUGACAAAGGUUUCCAUAGUCCUGCUACAGAGGCUGGAGGGGUUGGGGUUGGGGAAAGGGUAGUGGCCAGGAGGAAUGCCUCUUUGGUUGAAAAUAGAUCACAAAUGCGGUCCCUACCUCCUCAGGUGUCAAAGGUGGCUCUGUGCCACUGACGGAUGUGUGUCUCUCGAUGCACGCCCAUGGGUAUAUAAAAGCUAAACAUACAUGUGGGUGUAUAUGUGUAUGUACAUAGUUACAUAUAUUGAAUGUAUGUGCGUGUGAGUUAUUUAAUUCUCUUUGUAAAAAAAAAGGAAAAGAAAUUACAAAACCUAUAAUCAUGGAUCUGGCCUAACAAGUCUCAGAAGUGAAGCUUAAGUAGGUGUCUUCGGCCAGUGUUGAAUGUCUAAUACAGUACCUGCUUUUUAUGUGAACUGAAAUAUAUAUACGACUUUGUAAAUAGAGACUUGCCUUUGUUUUGUUUGUUGCUCUGUGGAGUGCAAGGGAGAUGCAAACCUCCCCCCCCCCAUUUGCAAUACAGAGGGCUGCUGGCAGUGUGUUUCCCUGCUGGAAAGGCUUCU